AGGCACGAUUGGUCUGACGUUCACUUUCUACAGUUCAAUUGCCUGUUGUUCAGUUUCUGAUUCAUAAUCCAUAAAUGUCAUAGUGCAAUUGUAAACAGAAUUUGAUUCAAAUCAAUGACAAUUGUUUACAACAUAUCUGCGCGUAGUUUGUAAUGAUUGCUUUAGAACUCGUGCCAGCCUGUCUUGCAAUAUCAAAAUCAUUAUUAACCGCUGAUAAGCUAUAAAUACGUAAUUCAACUGGUAGAUUUAGUGCCUACGUUUCGUGUGGCUAAGGCUUGAAUUUGGUUAUGAACUGUUACUUCAUACCUGUUAUCUUUUAAUUUAGAUAGACAUAAAUAUCGACAUAAAGUUCAAAGUUCAAAAUAGUUUUUUUUAACAAGUGUUAUUAGAAUGAUUAUAGAAUACCUAAAACUUUAUUCUUCUCAAGCGACACAAUGCAAGUGUUAAGUAAGCUCACUUCCGUCCCGAUAACCUGCAAGGAAUACGUGCACCCAUGGACGGAUUCAUGCGGUAUCGCAUCGGCUGAGUUCCUAAUAGUUGCUGUACAGGACAGUUUCCGUAUAUAUUCAGCUGUCUAUAUGCUCUCUCUGGCGAUGCGUGGACGGAUUCCUUCUUUGGGUGAGCUAAAACGCACAAUCCGAGGUCUCAUCCAGUCGACGGCCUUUCUAACCAUGUCUGCCUUUAGCUAUUCGGUUUUCCUGUGCGCUUUGCGUCGACUGUUUGGUUCGUAUAAUUUUUACACGGCGUCGUACAUUCCGGCCUAUCUUGCGGCGUUUUGUUCGAUUCUGGUGGAACGACCGUCUAGACGCGGAUUACUCUGUCUGUAUGUGUCGAAUGUUGCCACCGAAACAGGUUGGAAUAUGUUGAAGGCGCGUGGCCUAGCACGAUCUAUUCCAUACGGGGAGAUUCUAAUCUUUGGACUAUCUACCUCUAUUCUACUCUACUAUUACCGAUUGAAUCGACAAAAGGAUUACAAGGAUUCGAUGUUCGACGUGUUUAGAUUUGCCUUGGGCGAUAGUGAAGUGAUGAAGCAGCGUGACGAAAUCGGCGACACUAGACGAGAAUCCCGCGUUAGGGAACGAUCGAGAGGUCACGGUGCGCAUUACUACUUUAUACAACGUAUUGUGCGAGCUUAUUUGAAUGUGAUAUCUAAGAUCAAGGCGCUCAAACAGCACAACCUGUGCCGGCACAAACACAGCUGCAUCUACAACACACUCACUGGCGGUGCGCGAAUGUUUUCGAUUGGACUCGGCAUUCAGGUUAUUAUGAAGGUACUGUUCCAAGCCCGAAGAAUGAUCAGACGGCCUGCGCUACUUAAACGAGCUUUCCUGAGUAAAGAGAUUCUCAAACUUGGCAUGUUUCUAGGGGGAUUUACAUCACUUUAUAAGCUAUCGUCCUGCUUAUUGCGACACAUAACCAACAGCGACAAGGCGGUUUACGCCAUUCCUAGUGGACUAAUUGCCAGUAUUGCAUUUGGAUAUUACGCAGACACCACAAUUGCUUUGUAUAUAAUGUGGAAAAUGCUACAGAUGACCUAUAACUGGGGUAUCGAGAAAGGCUACGUCCCAAAGAUUCCGGGAUUCACUGUUCUCUUAUACUGCGCCAGCACUGCCUUACUCUUCCAUGCAGCAACGUUAGAACCGAUGUCCUUGCGUCCUAGUUACUGGAAGUUCUUGUACUCAAUAUCCGGUGGCAGAAUAAUGGUUAUGGACAGAAAUGGCUUCGACGUGUAUGGACUAGGUACCAGUGGCCAAAUCUUAGAGACCGGUAAACUGUGCAAUACUCCACCGGUAUUAAAGUUUCAAAUUUAACAACUUUCUUCGGAAGUGUAUUGUUAAAGUUUAAAUCAAUGUAGAUAGAAUAUCCGUGGUGUGGGAAUUUGUCCGCUAGAUUUCAGUCAUGGAAGGUAGUCGUUGCUGCAAACGGGGAAAACUAAAAGUUUUAAGCACAAAAGUGAUUCUCGAGCGAAUUGCAUUGCGCUUCAAAGUUAUAGAUUGAGUUUAUAGGUAUAUGAGUCACAGCAAAAUGUGAUUUUUUUCUAUUUUCAGGGCUUUUUAAUAAAAUUGUGUACAUAAACGAGUCGUAA